GUGUGCGUGUGUGUGUGUGUGUGUGUGUAUGGCCUUAACCCAAAGGCAGUGAUACUUUAAUUUAAAACACAACUUGCACAACUGGUGUUUCAACACAACACAAGGUCCCAUAGGGGAAGCCUUCCCACUGUUCGCUCCAGUUAUGAACUCUCUACCGGCGUACUCAGGUGCCAGGAUAUCUGGCUGCUGGACUCUAAGAUCCGAUGGCGGUGGUGGUGAAGGAUCGCUGGACAGGCUCCUCCCAUCUGUCAGCACAGGCCUGUCACCGAGAAAAAGGACUACCAGCCAGUGUAAGUCGGAGCCCCCUCUCCUGCGCACUUCCAAACGGACCAUCUACACAGCUGGACGCCCUCCCUGGUACAACGAACAUGGAACCCAGUCCAAGGAGGCCUUCGUCAUCGGUCUCUGUGGUGGCAGCGCUUCAGGAAAGACGACAGUUGCCAGGAAGAUCAUUGAGGCCCUAGAUGUUCCCUGGGUUGUCCUACUCUCAAUGGACUCCUUUUACAAGGUCCUGUCCCCAGAACAGCAGGGUCUUGCAGCCAGCAACGAUUAUAACUUUGACCACCCUGACGCCUUUGACUUUGAUUUGCUGACACACACGCUGCGCAAACUCAAACUGGGCAAGAGCGUGAAAAUCCCCGUGUAUGACUUCACAACACACGGGCGACAGAAGGAGUGGAAAACAGUGUAUGGAGCCAGUGUUAUCAUCUUUGAAGGGAUCAUGGCCUUUACAGAUAAAGAGCUGCUGCAGCUGUUGGACAUGAAGAUCUUUGUGGACACCGACUCUGACAUUCGUCUCGUGCGUCGGCUGCGGAGGGACAUUACAGAGAGGGGCCGAGAUAUUGAGGGUGUCAUCAAACAGUACAACAAGUUUGUCAAGCCCGCUUUCGAGCAGUACAUCGAACCUACCAUGCGUCUGGCUGACAUCGUGGUACCGCGUGGUGGCGGCAAUAUGGUAGCAAUUGAUUUGAUUGUGCAGCAUGUCCACAGCCAACUAGAAGAGAGGAAACUCCGCUGGGAUAUGGCAGCUUUGGCCUCGGCCCACCAGGCCCAGCCCCUCCCCCAGACUCUCAGCGUCCUGGAUAGCACCCCCCAGGUCAGGGGCAUGCACACCAUCAUCAGAAACAAGGAAACCAGCCGCGAUGAGUUCAUCUUCUAUUCCAAGAGGUUGAUGCGUCUGCUGAUCGAGCGAGCCCUCUCCUUUCUCCCCUCACAGAUACACAUAGUCCAGACCCCCCAGGGAGAGGAUUAUGAAGGCAGGACAUUCCACGGGAAGAGGAUCACAGGUGUGUCGAUCUUGCGGGCGGGGGAGACCAUGGAGCCAGCUCUGAGGGCCGUGUGCAAAGACGUCCGAAUCGGCAAGAUCCUGAUCCAGACCAACCAGGACACGGGGGAACCAGAGCUUCACUACCUGCGUCUGCCAAAGGACAUUGGUGAAGACCACGUGAUCCUGAUGGACUGUACCGUGUCCACUGGCGCUGCCGCCAUGAUGGCUGUACGAGUCCUACUGGACCACGAUGUCCAGGAGGAUAAGAUCCUGCUGGUGUCUCUUCUGAUGGCGGAGAUGGGAGUCCAUUCGGUCGCCUACGCGUUCCCACAGGUCAAGAUCAUCACCACAGCCGUCGACAAGAAGGUCAAUGACCUAUUCCACAUCAUCCCUGGCAUAGGAAAUUUCGGGGAUCGAUACUUCGGAACGGACGCACCGCCGGAUUGGAGUGAUGAGGAGAUAGACGAGCCGAGCUAUUGAUGAGACGUUUCGAAUCACUUAUUGAAGCGAUUCAAGGCCGCUGCCCCCUGGCGGACGAUGCGACGGGGCACCCUUCGCCUCUUUUGGGAGGCAGCAUGCGCUCUUUCAUUUUAGGGGCCAGGAAAGGUGCCGUGACUCUGAUCCGAGUGCCACACAAAACGCAAAUUUAAACAAAGACAUUGAAAAUGUACAUUCAUUUUGAUUUCGAUUUUUUUUUUUUAAUAUAUAAUUUUAUUUUGAAUAAUAUAUAUGCUGUUGUGGACAAUUGUAAUAAGAUGUUUGGAAUAUUUUUAUAUGUAUUGUAUGUUGGACUGGCCAAAUGUUUUAAUUUUAUUUUUUUUCUUGUGAUUGUGACAAUCUCCAUGUAGCGUGUCAGUUGUAUUUUGAAAAAGCCAUGUACUGCGGACGAGACAACUGAAUGUGACAACUUUUGUCAAGAUGCAGAAGACUUUUUUCUUUUUUUUUCCGCGUUCAGCUUCCUCACAACUUUCACGCGGCAAGAAAAAGAUGCCCAUGUUGUUCUCUUGCCGUGGACACACACACACGCACACACACACACUCUUUGAAGGACCACGCAAUAGGAAAACACGCUGGUGUAUCCAUCUUUAUUUUCCAUUUUCAUCUCGCUUUCGGUUUUUCCGAUUCCUCUUCUUUCUUUACAGAUCUAGCCAUGUAUGGAGUGUUGAAAAUAAAUCACUCGCCGUCUGUUUAUGAAGUGGGUCCCUCACAUACGUACUUUACAUGUAGUCUGUGGAUAUUCCCUUACCGGCCGUGUGUCAUUUGAUUAGUUAAAAAAAAGAAUGAGCCCUUCACUUUUUACAGAAACCCACAGAGCGGCUGUGCUUUUGGUGUGAGGAGUUACGUCACGGGCGCAGUAGUGGUUCACGAAACAUCGGAUGAAAUCGCACCAAAACCUGAAAUCACACCAAAACCCGCAGAUUUAACUUUUGUAGACACGUCAAUAACUCGAAAUUCGGUCACUGGGGUCAUUCACGUCAUCCCUGGUGAAAGUACUAUUAGUGCCUGACCUUUGUGCAAUGAAGAGGCGGUCUGUCCUAGGGCGAUGCCCAGUUGUUGUUACUUGGAUGUGUACAAGAUGUUUUUGUCAGAUAUAUGAUUGCACUAAUGCUGUUCUUGCUACGAGACGUAAGACUGGUUUUGUUUUUUUUAUCUGUUUUCUGUAAAGGGAUAUCCAGAGGACUUGUUGCCUAUGAAAUGAAGACAAUGAGCAUGUCGUCAUCGCUUACCUGUGGUGAUAUCGUGGCGUGUCCUCCUUUGCACUGACACUAGAUUAUUAUUAAAGUGACAUAAAAGUUGGA